CUUGGAAUGAACAAUGAUGAUGUUGAUGCUGAUACACCCUCAGUUGCGUGACUGAGAGUGUAGAAAAAGGUGUAGUUACGGUGAAAACUUAUUUCAUUCAGUUUUAUAUACGUUGUCCGUAUGUUAUCUUGAUGAUGAAGACCGUGUGGUUUCAGAAAUUCUGAAGCAAGCAAACAAAACAAUAAACAAGCGUGAAAAGCGUUUAUCAGAAUUCAGUCAGGAAGCAAUGUCCAAGUUAAAGAGCGUAAUUAAUACAAUAACUUUCUCACAACGAGCGUAUCAAUCAUUUGGCUUUGCACGGCAAAAUACAGCAAUCUGUAAUCGCUAUGUUCACAACCAACAUCAGGAAGAAUCACUCAUAGUGAAACGCGAGGUUGAGGAGGUACGAAUUCCUGUGCCUUAUGGCGAAAUCGCUGGCAAGUGGUGGGGACCGAAGGAUGUUCAACCUAUCGUAGCGCUUCAUGGGUGGCAGGAUAACGCAGGCACUUUCGACACACUGGUCCCGUUGCUCCCGCAGCAUAUUAGCUUCUUGGCGAUAGAUUUCCCAGGCCAUGGAUUCUCGUCGCGUAUACCAGAUGGAAUGACGUAUCACACUUUAGACAGUGUCUAUCUGCUCAAACUCAUUAUGCGGGAGUAUCACUGGAAGAAAGUAUCCAUUCUGGCCCAUUCUCUGGGUUCAAUUGUGGGCUGCUUGUUUUCGUCGAUUUUUCCAGACAAAGUCGAUCUGUACAUCGGGAUAGACGCCCUUAAGCCGCACAUAAUUGAUCCGGUGAAAAUAGCUGCACGGUUGGAGCAGCGCAUACCACGUGUGAUGAAGGCUGACUUCCGUAAUCGUGACAAAACGGAACCACCAUGCUACACCUACCAAGAGUUGGUCGAUCGUCUUCACCAGGGGACAAACAAAUCAGUCAGCAAAGAAGCAGCACCUUAUCUGCUCAACCGCAACAUCAAAAAAUCCUCAAUGCAUCCGGAUAAGUAUUACUUCACGCGAGACAGUCGCCUGAAGCACUCCGCCGGUAUAGGCUGGGGCCAAGACGUGAAUUUGGAGCUGGCCAAGCGGAUGACAAUGCCUUAUAUGUUCAUCAAGGCACUCCACUCGCCGUUCUAUGAAGACAGGAAAUAUUUCGACGAAUUCGUUACGGUGGUCAAAGAAAAUAAUCCAAUGUUUGAGUUGGAGUUUGUAGAUAGUACCCAUCAUGUUCAUCUGACCGAACCGCAUAAAGUUGCACCGAUGAUAACGAGAUUCUUGAAUAAGCACUGGCGCCGGGAAGCUGACAACGCCCAGAAACGGUGAAACUAGAACUAGAGGAUAAACAAUGCUAGGAUCAAAGUUCUUGCGAAAUAAAA